AUGACAACCGAGUAUAUUCCCCCCUUGACUUCCCUCUCCGCAGCCGAACAACGCUCGAUCAAAUCGUCCUUGUUGACUGAACACUUUCAAUUCCCUCCCGAGACGUUCGCCCGGAAUGGCAUGGAUCUAGCGAAUCAGACCAUUUACGCGGCAACCAAGAUUGUGGAGGACAGUCUGAUGACGAUGACGAGGUUUCCGGAGGAGGAAGGGGACGAGAGACCGUUUGUUUUCGAGGGGGAUGAUGUGCAGAAGGUCAGUUGGAAAGUCGGCUUGGGCGGGCGAGAGCUUGACGAGGGUGUCAGAGAGCAGGAAGGGACUAGAGUGUAGCAGGUUGUUCAUAUACUGAGCCUCUGUAUUGCUUUCACAGGGCGUGUACCGCCUCGAGACGUUGUUGGAAGCCGCGGUGGACAAGUACUUUGACCUUUUCGAGCUGUUCGCGCUCCGCAAUUCGUUCAAUGUCCCUUCCGAACUCAUCCCUUACAUCGUACUAUCCCAUCAAGUGAGCACUGUUCUAUUUGCGUCCUUCCCUGACGAGCUAUCUCUAAUCUGCGCGUCUGUCUCGAUCAGGAACGAUUGGACGAUGCGCUCCUAGGCCAAGAUCGAAGCGCGAUCGAGGAAUACGAACAUGAACUCGCAUUGUACGAACAGACGUUACAGAAGGAAAGGGCCUUGAAGUGCGUCGAGGAGUUGGGACAGCGCAAGUUGGACCGGAUCAACGCGAUCGCCAAGGAGGUUGGGCAAAUGUCGUCGGCGGGUCAGUAGUUAGCUGCUCCUUGACGAAGGCGUUUGGAUACAGCAAAAGCUGAUGCUGUACUUGAUUUUGCUCCAAUAGAAUCCAUCUCCACCCGCAUCGAGCAGCUCUCCUCCCAACUUCCCCAACUACACCAAACCCUCUCCGUCCUGCUCGAAACCCCUUCCCCAUCCUUCGGCUCCACCCUCCCCUCGUCAAUGACCACGACAAGCGCUCAUGAACCGUGGUCCGAAUCAAGGAGUGCGUUCGUGAAUUGGGCUACGAAGGCAAAGAUCGAUGCUUUGCCGAGCUCCUCGACUUUGACGGGACCGGGUCCGAGUGGGUCGACGGAGGAUUCGGCGCUGGAGGGAUUGAGGAGAGGUAUGCAAGAGACGGGGGGAGGGGCGGAGGCUUUGGUGAGUUGA